CUUCCGAGUCUCCUAAAAUCAGAAUCCAAAUUCUACAAAUCCGAUGAUUUCUCUAUCUGGUGCGGUUUCUGUGUUAGCCUGUUUUCAUUUAUUUUAAGAUAAAGCCCCAAAUCAUUCAAGUUUCAGGCUAUUACUGGUGUUAUUUACGCUGGAGUAACGGAGUUCUGGUGCUCAAAGAACGCAUAACUGCUACUUGGACGUUGUAGCCACAACUUGCAUGGAUUCCAACGAUUAUCAAAGUAUGGAUGGUCAACUGAGCGAAGAAUGGAUGGAUCAGCUUCUAUCGAGUCCCUUUAAAAACUACAUCCUAAAUCCACAGAAUCACAACGUGGUGAGCGAACUAGAAGCGCCCACGUUGGUGCCCACCCCCAUCGCAACCAAUCCCUAUCAGACCCGCACACGAACAGCAGCCCAGCAAGUGGGCCUGUUCUCUCCACCGCGCACUUCGGUCACUCGUUCCGGCCAUGUGUAUCAUGUGGACCAGCUGAACGCGGACAACGAGGCGCUGGGCACCGUUGUGCACAUUCCCGAACCGAGCACCGCGGGAAUCUCCGAUGUGGAUGCUACGGGGACGCAGAGUAACGAUGCGAUUUACCAUCAUUUCGUGCAGGGUCUGAAUCAGGCCAGCGAUCCGAGCCUGGUGGUGGAUGAUAAACGGACUGAUCCGACAUAUCGCUUCCAUAAGGCCGACGAGGACGAUGAAGUUCCAUAUAUCAAGAAAAUUCCCGCACGGGAAAUUCGGGAACUGCAAGCGGACUUGGAAGUCAAUCCAAUCGAUGGUCUCCAGAUGACGUCUCAACUAGCUGAGGAGCCUCUCAGAAUUACAAGAUCAGCAGCGCGGACACGACAGUUUAGCGCCACAAGAUCUAUCAGCUCCUCUCCCAGCAAGGUAUCAUAUUAUGCUGAACAACCUGCCGCAGGAAGUCUGCCCAGUGGUUUCGGUGCUGGUAGUUAUGACGGUUUUAAUUAUGGGGACCGUUUUAAGCCACCGUUACCGGUAAUCAAAAGACAGCAGAACGUUCAGUUUGCCGCUAAUGAAUCCAAGGCUUCCUUCGUGGAAAAUCGUUCCAUCGCGGAUAUUUACAAGCCAGUUGGCAAUCAGCUGAGGAAAUACCUGAGCCGCGAAGAUUUUCCUGAUGAAAUGAAGCGAAAUCUGGAAAAGAUUUUCGAUGCUGUACUUAAUCGCAGACAGCUUCCUGUUGGUCAUCAAGAAAGUGUGCAGGAUGCUGUGGAUAACGUUGUCCUCAUGGAUUUCGCCCUGCGUAUUGUCCAGUUUAUAUAUGGAAGCAUUGACGUAAAUAAGAUGUGUUUGUGCUUCGAAAAGGCUGCAGAAGUCGAUAAAAAUUUGACCCAUUUGAUAUUUGCUUUGAUGAUCCACGAUGGCAGCCCAUUAAUACUGGACGUGGCACCGGUUCUAUAUGGAAAGACUGCUGUUUUAAAGAACCUCAUCCUGGAGUUACGCAAAACCGAAGAUGUCGAUAUUCGGACGUAUUUAAUUAAGGCUGUCCACAAAAUUGUUAGACGCGGUGUAUCGAUGGAUGGGGAAGGCGAAGAUCAGGACCCAGAUUCGCCCAUUGCUCAGAUGCUGAAAAUAAAUGGCCACGAAGCCCUUAUUCCCGCAGAAAUUUACGAUAUUUUUGAGGAGGAAGUGGUGAACGAGUCAAUGAUUCGGGAAACAAUUGCGCACUACCGUAGCGGCAACCCACAAGCACCUAAACACCUGUCGCCGGUGGCGCCCACUAAUCCGCCAUGCCACAGCAAUGCGAUGUUUGAAGCUAUUUCGGAAGGCUCCAAUACUUCCAUGUGUUUCCCCAAAACGCCGGGCACACCCGGCGGCUUCGAGAUUCCACCGGGAGAAGUCACUAUGUUCCUGGCGGAUGCGCUGAACACCCCCACGACCGCGGCUGUACAAUGCAGCGAACAACGUUAUUCCACGUGGGAAGGCACGCAGGAACGAGUGCUACCAAGGCGCGUGCCAUUGCUGACCAGCCCCAUUACGAUGUCGCCGCUGAAGAACAACAAGUUUGCCGAGGGCCUGGAAAAAUGUCCCGCUCGUCAUAAUUAUCUUUUGCGUUCCAGCAACUUGUCAGCUCCGCAGUAUCUUAUGUAAGGUGAACUGCCAUGCCGCAGUUCGACUUUCUUAUAUGGGAUAUUAGCAUUUAACAAUAUUGAUUUCAUUUUAUUUAUACAUACUAGUGUUCUCUGAUUAAUUUUGCAUUCGUGUGUUUUUUAUUCAUAGUUGUUACUGCUUGAUUUCUGUUAAGUAUUUUCGAAGCCAUUCGCUGCCGGCUGGUGUGAAUGGGCCGAAGGCCCGAAGCUGCGGAAGGUGGUGUUGUUAUUUUAAUGCGAUUUAAUCGGAUUGGUAAAUUUU